CUCGGACCCGGCGGCUGCGGCGCCCGCCUUCCUCCGCCCGGAUAUAAGCGCCCCUCGGCCCCGUUCUCCUUACACACUCGGCUUCGUGGCAGCCCGGGGCGAGCAGCGUUGGGUUUAUGUCUUUAUUGGACGAAAACGGGAUUUUACAGGCAUCCCAGGGGAGAAGAGCUGCUUGUUAUAUUGGAAAGUGAACACCUAACUGCCCACAUCUCCCUAACUCUCUGAGGAAAACAAAGAGCUGUUGCGCAGCCAUUGGUACCUGUAUUGGGGGAACAUAGCAUACAAGCAAGAACCUUACAGCCUCAGUGGCGAAAACUUUUUCAUGUCAGAGACCGAGAACUCUUGCAGUUGUUUAUGUCAUCCCGUCUUCUCCAGACAGAAGAUACCAAAAAGCUGCAAUCAAAGAUCUCUUCAUCUUAUUGAUAAAGCUACUAAUAAGACAAAAUGUCUGUCAAUGUCAACCGCAGUGUUUCGGAUCAGUUCUAUCGCUACAAAAUGCCCCGUCUGAUUGCAAAGGUUGAGGGCAAAGGAAAUGGAAUAAAGACAGUUAUAGUCAACAUGGUUGACGUUGCAAAGGCGCUUAAUCGGCCUCCAACGUAUCCCACCAAAUUUUUUGGUUGUGAGCUGGGGGCACAGACCCAGUUUGAUGUUAAGAAUGACCGUUACAUUGUCAAUGGAUCUCAUGAGGCGAAUAAGCUGCAAGACAUGUUGGAUGGAUUCAUUAAAAAAUUUGUUCUCUGUCCUGAGUGUGAGAAUCCUGAAACUGAUCUGCAUGUCAAUCCCAAGAAACAAACUAUAGGUAACUCUUGCAAAGCCUGUGGCUAUCGAGGCAUGCUUGACACAAACCAUAAACUCUGCACGUUCAUUCUCAAAAACCCACCUGAAAACACUGACACUAGUACAGGAAAGAAAGAAAAGGAAAAGAAGAACAGAAAAGGCAAGGAUAAAGAGAAUGGUUCUGUGUCUAGCAAUGAGACACCAUUGCCGCCACCACCAGACGAACUUGACGCUCCACGUGCAGUGGAGGAUGACGACGAUGACUGGGGUGAAGACACAACUGAAGAAGCCCAGAGGCGCAGAAUGGAUGAAAUCAGUGAUCAUGCAAAGAACCUCACACUUAGUGAUGACCUAGAAAGAACAGUAGAAGAGCGAGUCAACAUAUUAUUUGACUUUGUUAAGAAAAAGAAGGAAGAAGGUGUCAUUGAGACUUCUGACAAAGAUAUUGUAGCAGAAGCGGAGAGACUGGAUGUAAAGGCUAUGGGCCCUCUAGUUUUGACUGAAGUCCUCUUUGAUGAGAAGAUUCGAGAACAGAUAAAGAGAUAUAGACGCCACUUCCUACGUUUCUGUCACAACAACAAGAAAGCUCAGAGAUACCUUCUUCAUGGCUUGGAGUGUGUGGUAGCCAUGCAUCAAUCUCAGCUUAUUUCUAAAAUUCCACAUAUUCUGAAGGAAAUGUAUGAUGCAGAUCUUCUGGAAGAAGAGGUCAUCCUUAGCUGGGCAGAAAAGGCCUCUAAGAAGUACGUCUCAAAAGAGCUUGCUAAAGAAAUCCGCAUCAAAGCAGAACCCUUUAUCAAAUGGCUGAAAGAAGCAGAAGAAGAGUCCUCUGGUAACGAAGAAGAGGACGAAGAUGAAAAUAUUGAGGUGGUGUAUUCCAAGACUGCCAGUGUACCUAAAGUUGAAACUGUGAAGCCUGUAAACAAGAAAGAUGAUGACAUAGAUAUCGAUGCCAUUUAAGUGAUGUGACCUAGCUUCCAGCAUAAUACUGAAAACUGCUCUGCAUUUUUCUUCCAGAAGUGCAACAUGUACAUGCACAAGCUGAAAUGGCUUAAUAUUAUGCUAAUUAAUACUCAGAUGUCUCUUACUGUGACUGGUCUUGUAUAACUAUAAGCAGAACACCAAGGAGUCUACACACAAGUGAACUGAUCUAGUUUGUUAAUGGCAUGUUUCUUUUUAAAGGUGUAUUGCACAUAAAUACUUGGAACACACUUAUACAGCUGUGGGAAUAAAGGAUUUUGGUUUUGGUCAGCCUAAAGAGUCAGAGCCGUCGGUAACACUUAACAGGUCUCUUUGAUAUCAAUUUGGCAUAGAGGGCAAAGGUAUUCUGCUCCUGUCAAGGAGGGAACAGAAAACUGCUGCAAGGAAAAUAUAGAUCCCAAGUAGAGAAACCAAUAUGCAAUUUUUCUAAACUUUUGAAUCUCUAGCAAACUCAAGAGCAGCAAGAGACACUAGUGACUGGGUCUCAACUGGCAGACAAAGCUAGUUGACCAUUCAUAUGGUCAUAGGACUAAAAUUUGUGUGCUUAAAUAAAUGUAUCCCUCUCCAUCUAGCAUCCAUAUUUGGCCGACAGGUGCUGACUGUUUCAGACUGCCUUUGAUAAGCAGCUCUAAAAUUGCAAGAGGAAGAUCAAGACUUGCUCCAAAAGUCAUCUUUAUUCCAUUCUAGUGUCCAGAGUUGACUGUAAAUGAUCUCACUUAAAAUAGGUGAGGUGUCAUUCUUACUACCACUGUGACAAAAUAGCCAAAUCAAAAUGUGAUUGAAGUAGAAGAAAUACCUAAUUUCUACUGUAGCUGUAACUCAAAUUCAUGUUUUACUCUAGGCAAAAGGACUGAUUUUUUUUUUUUUCUUAAAGUUAAAAAUCGCUGAGGGAAAACUGGUUGAAGAUUAACUUAAAACUGGGCUGAGGAAGGGAAUGGUCUGAGCAAAAACAACUUUGGAGACUAAUUUUUGCUUCAUGCAGUGUAAAGUCUAAAGUAACUUAAUUAUUUCUGUAAACAAACAUACCUAGCCUUUGCUGUAGUAAACUUCAAGGUUGAGCUCAGACAAAAGGCCAAAACUUCAACAAAAGCAGUUUUCUUAAGCUAGGAAAACAGUGGCUUUCAACAUGUGGUCUGUAGACCUGACAUAAGGGAUCUGUGAAAGGUGACUUGUGGAAAUAAAAGUUUCAGAUGCUA